AUGGCGUAUAGAUUAAAUCCAGUCGAUGAGGACUACGUACAGGCAAAGGUAAAUAAAGAUAAACAGAAUACAACCACCAAACUCCUGAAAAUUUUCAAUAAAAACCCCACAAAUUAUUCUAAUGUUAAACUAGAGGAAUUUAAACCUUGGAUAACCGAAGAAAUCAAUAAACAAUUACCUGACGAUGACAUAGUGAUUGACUACAUUUACGAAUUGUUGCAAGACUAUGGAAAUGAACCAGGCAGGGAGUUUCCCGAUAUUUUGAAUCUAAAUUUACAAUUGGCAAAUUUCUUGGGAGAAAAGGAGUCAAAGGUGUUUUGCAAACAACUAUGGUCCUUGAUUCUAGAGGCAUCGAACGAACCUGAUGGUAUUCCUGCAGUCUUUAAAGAAAAGAAGGAAAAACCAACCAUUGUCCAGAAGAAUGAGGAAUCCGAGUCCACACAAAAGACAAGAACAAAAAAGACAAACUAUAAUAGAAGCUCUUCUCUUGUGUCCAACCUGGAUAGGAAACCUCGAACAGUUGUCAACAGGGAAUAUGAACAUCGAUAUACCACAACAACAACACCAGAUUCCCAACACAGAUACAGGUCUAGAACUGAUAGAGAUAGAGACGAAUCAAUAUAUAGAAGAAGGCAUUAG